CGUCUUCUAAUUGGUAUAUAAGUUAUUACAACUAGUAAUGCAAAGUAAAGUAGAGUAUAGUAGAGAACAAGAAGAUGCAGUGCCUCUCCUUCAAACCAUCGCCUCCUCCGACCUCGCCUCAAACCCAAACGAUCGAUCUCAAUUCCUGUCCCCCAGCUUCCCAAGGGGAUUCCUCCGAGGGAACGCCCAGGUCCAGCACUCAGCCCUCACCUACCUUCAAUCUCAGUCGGGAGUACACUCUCGCCGUGCAAACCAAUUCCUACAACGAGAUGCGGUCCAGGAUUGAGGAGCGGGUGCAAGUUGAGGAUAUGCUUGAAAAUGGGGAUACCCAUCAUCUGAUUUUGUCGCAGAUGCUGCAGCCCAACAGAGAUUGCGUCGCCCAAGCUCUUCGCCACACCAACCCCAAAGCUACCCUCACUCGCUUGGUUUCUACCUACUUUGAGCACAGCGAAAAUAUCACCGAUCUCUGCCUCUUGCUCUGCCAAUGCGUAGAUCGUGCUCGUACCCUCUAUUCCCCUAUUACUGAGCUGCUUCAAGUGUUCCCAUAUGAACUCAAUUCCAUUAGUCAGGCGCAGUGUAACUGGGCGUUCGAUGUUUUCCAACAAUUCGAUAGCCUUGACAAUCCUUUUCCUCGUCCUGACUCCCAUAACUUCAACGAGAUGCGCUGUAGUUUCUCCCAGCUCAAGGAGCAGCUUGAUCACAGAAUCAACAAAUCCCAUUCUAGAGUUCGCUUCCUGCACCGCGCAACUACUGGCUCUGCCAUUUGCUUAAUUGGCACUGUCGUUGGAGUUGUUGUUUCAGCCGUGGUUAUCUCCACUAAUGCCCUUGCUUCCAUUGUAGGCCUUGUGGCUACCCCACUUUGUCUUGUUUAUGUUCCAACUGAUCUCAGGAGGAAACAGCUUGCCCAUAUGGCUCAACUUGAUGUUGCUAAAAAGGGAACUUCUGUCCAUAACUAUGAUCUUGACACCAUUGAUCGCCUUGUUGCCUUGUUGUAUACUUCAGUUGAGGCCGACAGGCAGCUUAUACGAUUUGGAUUGGAGAGAGAUAGAGACAUAUACCCCAUCCAUGAAGUUGUGAAACAUCUACGCGGUAGCCAUGACAAUUUUCUUGACCAGCUCAAAGAACUUGAGGAACAUAUAUGCCUAUGCUUUAAUUCUGUCAAUAAAUUCAGAGCUAAGCUACUCGACCAGAUCCAUCAUCAUCAAUCUACUUAUUCAUGAUCGAUUGGUAGCAUUUCUCGAUUCCUAUUUACUCUCCUAGGUCAAUGUGUAUAGCCAUACAAUCGUAUAGCAUGCUUUGACUAUUGCCACUGGCCCUGCUUUUUAACUUUGGGGCUGUCAUGACUAUACAUGCACCUUUCAAAUUGCUAAUUCUUGAAUUCUUGUGCUUUAAACGGACCCUGCUUUGUUGGAUUGAUCAUUGUGGGAAGAAGGAUGUCUUCGUACUUCAAACUUGUACUUCUUGCCCUUAAUUGAUAUGUUAUCCAAAACUGAUUUAGCUUUUCUAACAAUGAGAUGAUUUUAGGCUGUUGAUCUUUUGCAACUUUCUGAUUUUGUCUAGGGUUGUGACAGUCAUUAUAUUGUUAUACAUUGAUAAAAGUGUUUGCCAGAGCCUUUCCUUCCUUUUGUUUAAAAUUCUUUGUGCAAUUGUGAUUUGUGAUAGCUAUAUCUAGCUUGAUCAUAUGUGUAAGGUUCUCUGUUUCUCCUUAACCAGCUUAAUGGGAAAAUAUGCAGAAAUCACUGUCUAUAAAAGUGUUUGCUAUCCAUACUGUAAUUAUUCAAUGGAGCCUUUGUAUUUUAAUGAACUUUUUUUAUCUCCUGAUGGAAAGAUUGAAUUGCAUCAGCAUUGCCGCAUUGCUAUGAUGUAACAGUUUACCAGCAUCAAAUCACAGAUUGAAGGAAUAGUUUUAGCAAGGAAGGCUGAUUGCUGUGAGUUAUGUGGCAAUGGAAAUUUGUUGAAUAGUUGAGAGGUAGAGACUGAUAACAACGGAAUGCCAGAUUUUGGCCCUCAUCAGGCAUUCACAUUGAAUGAUGAUAAAAGAAUUUUGUUCCUUGAAGAUUCGGGAAAGAUCUUGUCUCGAACUCUGUGUAUCAUUUUCCUUUUGCAUUUGAAACAUAAGAGAAGAGAUUUUUUAUAUGUACAUACAUAAGAUCACAGAUGUAACUGCCCAAUAAGUGUAUGAAGGCUGUGCUAUGUAAUGUUUCUGAUUUCCCUGUCAUAAUGUAAAGGAGAUACUCUCAUUGUACACCUGUAUUUGUUGCUAAUGUUAUAGGGAGUCUCUCUAGUU